AUGGCGACUUACCAAUCAUACGGACAAGGAGGGUUCAACACCUAUGGAAACCCAUCUACAGGCUUUGAAGAGCCUCAAAGCACCGAACCACGUUUGCAACCCAAGAAUAGCAUCACGCCUGUGACGAUUAAGCAGAUUCAUGCUGUGAGCCAGCCUCUUCAAGAUGCCGGGUUUUUUUUCCAUAACAUGGAGAUUGCUGCAGUUUCGUUCAUAGGCGUUGUCCGUAACGCUGUUGACGUUUCGAAUGCUAUCUCGUACACGAUUGAGGACGGAACCGGGUCUAUUGAGGUCAGAGAAUGGUACGACGAAGGAGCUGGAGCCAAGGAGCCAUUUCCUACCAAUAUCUACGUGCACGUUUCUGGGUCUUUGAAGUUAUUCAACGGAAAGAAAAGUGUGCAGAACCCACGUAUCCGCAAGGUGGAGGACCACAACGAAGUGGUUUACCACAACCUGUAUGCUAUCGCCGCCUACCUCAGAUCCAAGAACCCAAACAAGCAAGUGAAAAUGAACAGCAAUGGCGACCUGUUUGUGUCGGAGCCAGCUUCUGAGGAGGGACUUCCUAAGGACAGGAUCAUGAAGUACAUCGCCACGAUGACUCCAUCUAUGGCUGAGGGUGUUCCGGCCUCGUUGAUCGCGAGAUCGCUGAAACUCAACGAGAACGAGGUGGAGGCCCACAUACGCGAUCUGUGCGAUGCUGGCAAGGUGUACUCGGGAUUCGAUGAUAAUGGUUAUCUUGCUGUUUAA